AUGCAGUUCAAGCUGAAGCCAUUUGGUGACUAUGAUGUCGAUGUCAAGAUCGAAGCCUGCGGCGUGUGUGGAAGUGAUGUGCACACCAUCAGCGGAGGAUGGGGCGACCAGAAGUUCCCCCUUUGCGUGGGUCACGAAAUCAUUGGCCGGGCAAUCCGUGUCGGCCCCAAGGUCACAUUGAUCAAAGAAGGCGAGCGAGUCGGAGUCGGCGCCCAAUCCUACUCCUGCGGCGAGUGCAAGCAAUGCCGCAACGACAACGAAACCUACUGCCCCGUGCAGAUGAUGGACACCUACGGGUCCGAGUGGCCCGAGACCGGCAUCGUCAGCCAAGGCGGAUACUCCUCCCACGUCCGCACCCACGAGCACUGGGUCUUCCCCAUCCCCGACGCUCUGGAGAGCAACACCGUUGCCCCGAUGCUGUGCGCCGGUCUGACCGCGUACUCUCCACUGGUGCGCAAUGGCGCCGGACCCGGCAAGAAGGUUGGCAUUGUCGGGCUGGGAGGCAUUGGACACUUUGGAGUCAUGUUUGCGAAGGCGCUGGGUGCGGAGACGUGGGCUAUUUCGCGUUCGCGCGCGAAGGAGGCCGAUGCGCUGAAGCUUGGCGCGGACGGAUACAUUGCUACUGCUGAGGAAGGGUGGGAGCAGGCUCACCUGUGCUCGUUUGAUUUGAUUAUCAACUGUGCGAACUCUUCUGAGGGCUUUGAUCUGGCGCGAUACCUGUCUAUGAUGGAUGUUCAUGGUCGGUGGAUUAGUGUGGGUCUGCCCGAGGAGGAGGGUCAGGUCAUCAAGGCCCAGAACUUGAUCUCCAACGGUGUGCUCAUUGGUGCUAGUCACUUGGGUAGCCGUCGUGAGAUGCUUCAGAUGUUGCAGCUGGCUGCGGACAAGGGGCUGAAGGGAUGGGUGGAGGAGAUUGCCAUCAGCGAAGAUGGCCUCAAGGAGGCCAUGGAGCGGAUGAAGAAGGGCGAUGUCCACUAUCGGUUUACGUUGACGGGAUAUGAGAAGAUCUUUGGGUAG